GCCCGUGUGGAGCCGAAAGCAAACUCCAGAGGAUCGGGGGAGGGGGAGGGAGGCUCCCGUGGCAAAACGGGCUGCUGUUGGGCCAGGACGAGCUCCGCCGCGCCGAGUAUCCCCGUGGCCGCCGGCGCAGGUGCCUAGAGCCCCCUGAGGAACUCCUCAGUGGCCUCGGCGGCCUCCCUUGUGCACCGCAGUUGCUUUGGGAACAGUUGAGAAUUAACGGGGUCCAUACCAGUCAGCAGCCCUACUUGGGCCCGUCCCAUCCCACCAGUAAAAAUGCCUCUGGCAGGCAUGGGCCUGGCAUUUCUUAGUGGCUCAGGAUUCCUCACCCCAUCCCCACCCCACCCCCUUUUUUCAUUUGUCUGUCCUUCCACAUUAUAAGAAACCGCGCAGGGUUUUGGAGCGGGGAUGAAGUUGCUAUAGGGUAAGGGAGAGGAUAAUACCAAGAGGUAAGAGCUGCAGACAAUUAAGCAGAAGGUAAGACAUCUGCUUUGAUGCUAAGGUGGUCUCUGCCAUCUCAGGUCAGUGAUAGGGCAUACUGGAAGGCCCUGCAAAGUGGGAAGGCCGUGCCGCUGUUGAGACAGGUCCUAAGACUGGGCCAGGGACUGUCCCAAGCGGUUCCACAUCAUGAUGGCUGUGGAAGGGUCAACCAUUACCAGCCGGAUCAAGAACCUGUUGCGAUCCCCAUCCAUCAAACUACGCAGGAGUAAGGCAGGAAACCGGCGAGAGGACCUCAGCUCCAAGGUGACCUUGGAGAAGGUGCUGGGAAUAACAGUAUCUGGAGGCAGAGGACUUGCCUGUGACCCCCGGUCAGGUUUAGUUGCCUACCCUGCUGGGUGUGUGGUCGUGCUGUUCAAUCCCCGGAAACACAAACAGCACCACAUCCUCAACUGCUCCAGGAAAACCAUUACUGCCCUUGCCUUCUCCCCUGAUGGCAAGUACCUGGUCACUGGAGAGAGUGGGCACAUGCCUGCCGUGCGGGUGUGGGAUGUGGCUGAGCGCAGCCAGGUGGCAGAGCUGCAGGAGCAUAAGUAUGGUGUGGCUUGUGUGGCCUUCUCCCCCAGUGCCAAGUACAUUGUCUCUGUGGGCUACCAGCAUGAUAUGAUCGUCAACGUCUGGGCCUGGAAGAAAAACAUUGUGGUAGCCUCCAACAAGGUGUCCAGUCGGGUGACAGCAGUGUCUUUCUCUGAGGACUGCAGCUAUUUUGUGACUGCAGGCAACCGGCACAUCAAAUUCUGGUACCUCGAUGACAGCAAGACCUCAAAGGUGAAUGCCACUGUGCCCCUGCUGGGCCGUUCAGGGCUACUGGGGGAGCUACGGAACAACCUCUUCACUGAUGUAGCCUGUGGCCGAGGGAAGAAGGCAGACAGCACCUUCUGCAUCACAUCCUCAGGGCUGCUGUGCGAGUUCAGUGAUCGGCGACUUUUGGAUAAGUGGGUGGAGUUGAGAACCACAGUGGCCCACUGCAUCUCUGUGAGCCAAGACUACAUCUUCUGUGGCUGUGCUGAUGGCACCGUGCGCCUCUUCAACCCCUCUAACCUGCACUUCCUCAGCACCCUGCCCCGGCCCCAUGCCCUGGGGACAGACAUUGCCAGCGUCACUGAGGCCAGUCGCCUCUUCUCUGGAGUGGCCAGUGCCAGGUAUCCAGAUACCAUCGCCUUGACCUUUGAUCCAGCUAAUCAGUGGCUGUCUUGUGUGUACAACGAUCACAGCAUUUAUGUUUGGGAUGUCAGGGACCCCAAGAAAGUAGGCAAGGUGUACUCAGCUCUGUAUCAUUCCUCUUGCGUCUGGAGUGUGGAGGUCUACCCUGAAGUGAAGGACAGUAACCAGGCCUGCCUGCCUCCUAGUUCCUUUGUCACCUGUUCCUCAGACAACACCAUCCGCCUAUGGAACACAGAGAACUUUGGGGUACAUGGCUCCACCCUGCACCGGAACAUCCUCAGCAAUGACCUUAUUAAGAUCAUCUAUGUGGAUGGGAACACACAGUCCCUGCUGGACACCGAGCUGCCUGGAGGAGACAAAGCUGAUGGGUCCCUGAUGGAUCCCCGCGUAGGCAUCCGCUCUGUGUGUAUCAGCCCCAAUGGACAGCAUCUGGCUUCAGGGGACCGUAUGGGCACACUCAGGGUACAUGAAUUGCAGUCCCUGAGUGAGAUGCUGAAGGUGGAGGCUCAUGACUCGGAGAUUCUGUGCCUGGAGUACUCUAAGCCAGACACAGGUCUGAAGCUGCUCGCAUCAGCAAGCCGAGACCGGCUGAUCCACGUGCUGGAUGCUGAGCGGGAGUAUAGCCUACAGCAGACACUGGAUGAGCACUCAUCCGCCAUCACUGCCGUCAAGUUUGCAGCCAGCGAUGGGCAAGUCCGCAUGAUCAGCUGUGGAGCAGACAAGAGCAUCUACUUCCGCACUGCACAGAAGUCUGGUGAUGGAGUACAGUUUACACGGACACACCAUGUGGUACGGAAGACAACCCUGUAUGACAUGGAUGUGGAGCCCAGCUGGAAGUACACAGCCAUUGGCUGCCAAGACCGGAAUAUUCGGAUCUUUAACAUUAGCAGUGGGAAGCAGAAGAAACUGUUUAAAGGGUCACAGGGUGAGGAUGGCACCCUUAUUAAGGUGCAGACAGACCCCUCAGGGAUCUACAUUGCCACCAGCUGUUCUGAUAAGAACCUCUCCAUUUUUGACUUCUUCUCAGGCGAGUGUGUGGCCACCAUGUUUGGCCACUCAGAGAUUGUCACUGGCAUGAAAUUUAGUAAUGACUGCAAACAUCUCAUCUCUGUGUCAGGAGACAGCUGCAUAUUUGUAUGGCGCCUGAGCUCUGAGAUGACCAUCAGCAUGAGGCAGCGUCUGGCUGAGCUGCACCAGCAUCAGCGAGGGGACAAGAAACAAGGACCAUCCUCUCCCCGGAGGUCUUCUGGACCCAACCGGCACAAGGCCCCAUCAGUGCUCUCUGCUGGACUAGCUCUCUCAUCAGACAGUGACAAGGAGGGAGAAGAUGAGGGCACUGAAGAAGAAGAACUUCCCGCCCUGCCCAUCCUUGCCAAGGGCACCAAGAAAGAUCCAGGGUAUGGGCUGAUGAGGGGCCAGGGCUCCCAGAGCGGUGGACAGGAGACAGUCCCUCUGACUGCCUGUUUCCAUCCAGCCUCGGUCUCCAGUCCAGCGCUGCCCCGAAGCCUGUCCCACUGGGAGAUGAGUCGGGCACAGGAGACAGUGGAGCUCCUGGGCCCAGCUCCUGCAUCCAACCAAGGACCCAGAAGAAGGGGGCGCUGGGCUCAGCCAGGCGUAGAGCUAAGUGUUCGCUCCAUGCUGGAUCUGAGGCAGCUGGAGACACUGGCCCCUAGCCCUCGGGGCCCUAGCCAGGGCUCACUGGCCAUAGCCCUUUCUGGUCCAAGGAAGCAUGAUCAGCAGGCCCCUGAGGCCUUACAUGCUAGCCAGGAUGAAAAACCCCCUCAACCUCAGGCUUCCCAACCCUGUUCCUGCCCCCAUAUUAUCCAAUUGUUGUCCCAAGAGGAAGGGGUCUUUGCCCAAGAUCUGGAACCUGCUCCCAUUGAAGAUGGUAUUGUCUACCCGGAGCCGAGUGACAGUCCCACCCUGGAUACCAGUGAGUUCCAGGUGCAGGCCCCAGCCCGAGGGACCCUGGGAAGAGUGUAUCCAGGCAGCAGGGGCUCAGAGAAGCACAGCCCUGACAGUGCCUGCUCUGUGGAUUAUAGCAGCAGCCGCCUUUCUAGCCCUGAGCACCCAAAUGAAGACUCUGAGAGCACGGAGCCCCUGAGUGUGGAUGGCAUCUCCUCAGACCUUGAAGAGCCAGCCGAGGGCGAGGAGGAAGAGGAGGAAGAGGAGGGAGGCAGUGGCCCCUACGGGCUGCAGGAAGGCAGCCCCCACACCCCAGACCAAGAGCAGUUUCUAAAACAGCACUUUGAGACUCUGGCCAUUGGGGCUGCUCCAGGGGGCCCAGUCCUGGUGCCAGAGAGGACAGAGUCUCGGAGCAUCUCUUCACGAUUUCUAUUGCAAGUGCAAACCCCCCCACUCAGGGAACCAUCCCCAUCCUCCUCCAGCCUGUCACUGAAGUCAAGACCGCUCCGGAUGCCACAGGCGUCUAGUGAGCAGCUCAGAGGUAAUGGUGCCACUCUCCCAGGAGCAUCCCCAGAGGCAGAGCCUUCCUCUGGCAAUCCCACCCCUCAGCAGGCAGUCCCUGUGCUGUUGCCACGACGACGCCUGAAUCCAGACAGCAGCUGGACAACCAAGAGAGCAGCCACAGUCAGCCCCUCAGGUGGACUCCAGAAAGCCCAGUCUGUGCACAGUCUGGUGCAACAGGAUGAGGCCCUUCUACCAGGCCCGUUGCUCUCACGGGAGGUUGAGGCCCAAGAGGGCCUGGGUUUCCUGCCCCAGGCUGAUGGCUGUCUGUCUCGGCCUUGCUCCUACCAGAACCCUACCGCCAGUUCCAUGGCCAAGAUAUCCCGCAGCAUUUCUGUUGGGGAGAACCUGAGCCUGGCAGCUGAACCACAAGCCCCUGCCCCCAUCCGCAUCUCACCACUCAACAAGCCGGCCCUGCCCAGCCGGGCUCAUCUUGUCCUGGACAUCCCUAAACCACUGCCUGACCGUCCUACACUGGCCACAUUCUCACCUGUAACCAAGGGCUGGGCCCCUUGUGAGGCAGAACAGCCUGGCUCCCCAGCAGGCCUGGGAAAGGCUCACAGCACAUCUGAGAGGCAGGCCUGUUUGGGGGAGGGUACCACUCCCAAGCCUAGGACUGAGUGUCAGGCUCAGCCUGGGACCAAUAGCCCCUGUGCCCAGUACCUGCCAGUCAGCAGCCUCCUCCGAGGCCCUGAGAACUUACAGCCCCCAGUCCUUGAGAAGACUCCCAAGCCCAUGGAAUGCACCAGGCCAGGGGCAGCCCUGAGUCAGGACUCAGAACCGGUGGUGAGCCUGGAGCAGUGCAAGCAGCUGGUAGCAGAGCUCCGGGGCAGUGUGCACCAGGCUGUGCAGCUCUACCACUUGGUGGCUGGCUGUAAGAUGCCCUCAGAGGAGGAAACUCGCAUCACUCAGCUCCUCAGAGACACCUUCUCCUCGGUGCGGCAGGAGCUAGAUGCCCUGGCUGGGACGGUGCUGUCCAGCCCCGGUGGGAGCCCUGGGGCUGUGGGAGCAGAGCAGACACAGGCUCUGUUAGAGCAGUACUCAGAGCUACUGCUUCAAGCCGUGGAGCGGCGCAUGGAAGGCAGACUCUAAGUUCUGGAAGCCUGUCCCAAGUGAAUACUCCUCCUAUUCCAAACCGUAGCUCCACUUCCACUCACCAAAACCUUCAAGGAUGCUUGGAGUGGAUAGCAGGGAUCAGUGAUCAGAGGGGAAAGCAGCUCUCCCAGUGGUUCCUCACGGGGCCCCUGUAUUUAUUAAUUUAUUUCGCUGACUGUUGCCUCACUUCCUUGGAACUCCUGCCUCCACAGCCCCUCCAGUGGCUCAUGGCAGGGGUAGGUCUUGAGUCUUAGUCAUCUUGGUGCUGUGAGGGGUUGGAGGGCAGCCUGCCCCAUCUGGGAAAACUGGGAAGGGCUGGCCUGCUUUUCUUUGAAGACAUUUGAAAUUACCGCAGGAAUCAGCUCCCUGGGGUGGAGCAUACACAGGGUAUUCUGUGAGUUAGAGGUGAGAGGUGAUAUGCUACUCAGUUCCCUUCAGCUAACAGGGGAACUUCACCUCUAUCUCCACUUCCCCUCCCAAACCAACUGCACUUCCCUGUCUGCCAGAGCAGGGAUUAUCCAUUUUCCCUUAUUCCUGGCAGUUUGAAAAGGCAGAGCCUUCUGGCCUCCAAGGGCACUCCCCAGCCAUUAGGAGGUUUGAGUUGGCAUUAGGGCCUGAGCCCCCACAUUCCACUCCUGUUCCCCCUCUAAGAGGCCCUAAGCAUUGUCUCUAUCCCUGUGCACCCUCUCCCCUUUUCUGUCCUGGCCAGAGCCUGUGGAGCCAGCUGUGGGACAUUGCUGCAGGACAGUCAAAUCCUCUGCUGGGCAUACAUGAAGCCCUGGCCUCCUUUCCUCAGCCCUUUGGUCUUCCUUAUCUUCCAACCCUGGUCGCUCCUGGGCUGCUGGAGCCCAGAGGCCACCUUCUCUCUGUAUCCUGAGAGAUGCUCAGUCAGAAGUCUGUGUUGGAACUUCCCUCAUGGUUUACAGGGUGCCAGCCCACCUUCUCCAGACCUUGGCUAUAGGUGAAAUUUUCACACAAGUACAUACAGAGUUUAGUGUUCGUUGCUAGAGUACUUGGCUGGCUGCUGUGUACCUGGUUUCCUCUCAUGUUCUUCCCCAAUUUCAUUGUCCCGGUGUUUGCAGACUUCAACAGAGAGUACGAAAAGGGAUGGAACACAUGAAACCCAAUUUCAGGAUUCUAGUUGUUAUGAGAUGCCUGUAGGCAUCUGGUCAGGUUGAAGGAGCCUCCCCAAAGGCAGGGCUGGGCACACAGGGGUGCUCUGGAUGCUGCAGGUUGAGGGGAGGGAGGUACAUGGGACUGCAGCCAGGGCCAGGAGACACGAAAUGUGGUAGGUGGGACAAGUAAGUGGCAGAGGUGAGGGGAUAGAUUAGAAUUAGAAGGGGCAGUUGUUAGAGGGAGAAGGGAGGGAGAUGGGGCACAGUAGGCAGGUAGAAUGGGACCAAGUAGUGAGGCAGUUGUUGUAGCAGUUGGGGUGAAGAACACGUGUCUCUGGGCCUUGUUGCUUCUCUCUGCCCCAGUUAGUCAAGGCAACUUUACCACAACAUCAGGUAAGAAGCCCAUUCAUGAAGUUGAACAGGUCAUUGGGCCCUGCCGGCUGCAUGGGCAGAGGCUUAUAAAGAAAUAGGAUUCAGAAGGGUGCCCAGCUGUGUUUGCAUCAGCCUGAGUGCACUUGAACAGAUGAAGCCUAUUGCACACCACCCUUCUCUGCUACCACCACCUGUAUGGCCAAGCUGCAAAGAAAUCCUGGCCCCAACAACUUUAACAGCUGAGGGUGGAUCCCUGGCAGGACUGCAGCCACCCUUGUCAGGCUUAGAAAUGCACUCCAGCACUAUCCCCAAACUCACACACCAGCGACAACCCACCCCACAUAGGGCCCACCCAGGCUUGAACUCUUGGGCUAUGUUCAGCCAGCCAGUUCUUCCUAAGGAGGGAGCAACACUCCUGCUAAGGUUUGUGAGAAGAGCGCCCUUUCCCUACCCCCUGCCCAGUGUGGGGGAUCUAGUGGCUAGGGCCGGUGCCCCGUCCCCUUCUGCAUGUCUGAGGCCACCGGCAACCGCCGCCCCCUUCCGGAUUUGUCCCGCCCGAGUUUUGAAAGCCCCUUAUUUAUAACUUUUAUACUUCGUCCAGGCCGUGGCGAUGUCCUCCUUCCCGGACCGAACGGGGCCGGGCCUGUUUUUAACGUGUCCGUUUGUAUUGAUGUAUGAACUCAUCAAUAAACACAAUCAUUUCUUAAA